AUGCGAGCGGCGAACCUGCAAGUGUGCUGCGGUCAGAUCCAAAUUCAGGUCGAAGUAUUUCGUAUGGAAGAUGCGGAUGGUUCUAAAACCGGAAUUAAAUGGGUAUCCGGGCCACGCCCAAAGGUGCUUCAUAUUCUGUCUUAUACAUGGUGGUUUUGUUCCUUUUUUUGCCCCGACAGCGAUUCUCUUAAGCUCCAUUCCAAGCCUCACACCUAUGCCAUGCCGAGCUGGAAGACCUCAUCGAUCGCUGAAAGCGAGAGCGGCUUUCUGCGGAAAACCUCGGAGGUCCGCAACGAACGAUGGGGCAUGAAAGCGCUGGUGAACAAGAUCAAGAAGAAGAAGAAAUACGAUCUGGAUGAUUUCCUUGUUAUUGGGAUUGAUUUUGGAACGACGUUCGUGCCGGCACCGGAUUGGCCCCGGAUCGAUUCAUGCUAA